CUGCCAUCAUCAAGUCCAGGCGAGGAGGGAGGAGGAGGAGGAGUUUUUAAUGUUCAGUUUGUUCAGUGGAUCGAUGUUUGCUGCCGCUGGUGUGUGUGAUAUACACUGUUUCAUACACACACGCCUUUUUUCUCUUCUUUUCCUACCGGGUUUCAUACGAGACUAAGCGAUUGACAGCAGUCGUCCUUUGGCUUUGGAGGCACAAGAAGAAGAAGAAGAGACGGGAAAGAAUAAAAGCAAACAAUCCGCCAUAGAUCCAUCUAUCUGUCUGGGAAGGAGAGGUAUAUGAAAUAAAACAGACACCUGAUUUGGACAGCGGUUCUGGUAUACUGGAUUCUACGGAGGGCACGCGCAUUAGACAGUCGCUAUAGCGCGUAUAUGGACUCUUAUAGUAAAUCGCACCUGGGCUCAAAUUCACCGUACGUGAAGUAAAAGAGUUGAACAUGCCGAGGAGGAAACAGCAGGCACCCAAACGGGCUGCGGCAUAUGAGCAGGAUGAGGAUGCCGGUGCCCAGGAUUCGAUCACAGAAGAAGAGGGCGACAAUGACAUGCAGGCAGAGGAGGAGAACUCAGAGAGACCCACGUCCAAGGACAAAGAAGACAAAGAGACAGACAAUAAAAGCAACUACAGCAUCCAGAACUCUCCACUCAGCGUCGCGUCCAACCAGGAGGUCGAGCUUGAAUCCCGUUUGAGCGAUGGCAGCGAAAGACUGUCUGACUUUAAAACCUCACCACCAGGAAGUCAAAAGGACACGGAGAGCAACGGCCCGAAACUGAAGGAUGACAUGCACAGUAGCCUGGAGAAAAUGAGGGCCGCCUAUGCCAACUUCCUGUCAGACUCCUAUUGGUCCAAAAUUGGACUAGAUUUGAAGGUUGGUAACACAGGCAGUAAAACAAACUGUGACAGCACCAACGGGAGUGCCAAGAGUGAGUUUGACUGGCACCAGGACGCACUUUCAAAAACCCUGCAGCAAACGCUGUCCCCGAAACCUGUGUCGAAGCCUAAUCUUUUCAGCUCCGUGCACCUGUACAGACAAAGCAGCAAAGCGUGCGGGGCGGUCUUCACCGGAGCCAGCCGGUUCCGCUGCAAAGAUUGCAGCGCGGCAUACGACACACUGGUAGAACUGACGGUGCACAUGAACAAGAGUGGCCACUACACGGAUGACAACCACAGCAGGCAAAACAUUGCCUCCACUUCAUCAUCGAAGAACAGGAAGAGGAAUCUUCAAGACAUGGAGGGCAAGGAAGAUGCCCAAAAAGUGCUCAAGUGCAUGUUCUGCGGCCACUCUUUUGAUUCGCUGCAAGAUCUAAGUGUCCACAUGAUCAAAACGAAGCAUUACCAGAAAGUGCCUUUGAAGGAACCUAUUCCAGUACUCACCCCCAAAUUAGUCCCACCAUCAAAGAAACGUGCAUUUGAGGCCACAAGGCCUUGUUCGCCAGACUCCACCACAGGGGUCCCGGGUUACAGCGAGGCCCAAAGAGCAUCAGGGGCCGCCAGUGCUCCCAACAACCGCUAUGGCUAUCAGAACGGUGCUAGCUACACGUGGCAGUUUGAAACAUGCAAGUCUCAGAUCCUAAAGUGCAUGGAAUGCGGAAGCUCACACGAUACACUUCAACAGCUCACCACUCACAUGAUGGUCACCGGCCACUUCAUUAAAGUCACAAAUUCAGCUUCCAAGAAAGGCAAACAGCUAGCCCUAGACCCUCUGGCUAUAGAGAAAAUGCAGACGUUAGCUGAACCAGCAAUGAACGAACUGGAAGGAGAGAAAGUUUCUCCAAAGAGCACAGCAUCGGGUGACUCAGAUAGGGUAACUCCAAGAGAAAGGUCUCCGGAAAAAGCAGAGAAAACUGAUGACAAGGAGGACAAGCAAGAGGAUGAGGAUCAGAAGUCAACUGAGGGUGAUUUUAAGUAUCCAUAUUUGAGAGAAGAGGACCUUGAGCAAGGGUCCAGUGGAGGGGGGGACAUUCUGAAGUCUUUAGCAAACACGGUGGCAUCUGCAAUUAAUAAAGCUCAAACAGGAACCCCCAGCUGGAGCGCUUACCCCAGCAUUCAUGCAGCAUACCAACUCUCAGGAGUGAUCAAGUCCACCUCAUUUUCCUCUUCUCCUCCCAUCCAACUGAAGCAAAGUCUCCACCACAAGCACAGAUCUAUCACUCCCAAGGGGAAGUUCUAUCACGGCCUUCACGCACUUGAAAGUUUCCAGGGACAUCACAAUUUGGACAUCAAAAAAGAGAGGGUCGUCGCAAGUGAAGGCAAAGAGAGCGAGAGCAGCAGGUUUGAUCUGGCGGAGAAUGACGACAGUGAUUGUCAGGAUGACUCCUCUUUCUCUUCAAAGCUGGAUGCAGACUGUGUAAGUGACGAGAAUGACACAAUCAAAGGAAAGUUAAGCCCGGCUUUCUCUGACAGAGGGAACCCAUCACCCAGCCCCCCUGCCAGCAACGGUCACAGCGGUUCUUCAGAACUUGUCAACGACUCCCAGGAAGUACUUAGCAUAAACCCUCUCAGUGCACUGCAGUCUGUCUUGAACAAUCAUUUGGGUAAAGCAAACAAGCCCAGGCCGGAAAGCGUUCUUUCCCACCGCACGCAAUCUAUAUUUUCCGAACUGAGUAGAGGUUUAGAGAAACCCAUAUCGGCGCUUUCAACAGCCGCUGCCAUCAGGGCCAGCAAUAGUUUCAUGUACACGAACAACGACCAGCCGAUAGACCUGACAAAGUACAGACACAACAAAACAACCCCCUCUCUCUCAAUGCGGACCUCCACCCCAGUCCCGCAGAAACAUGCACUUUCUGACAUCGCGGAUAUGGUGAAGGUUCUUCCGAAAGCUACGACGCCAAAGCCCUCCAUGCCGACGAGAGUGCCCGUCAUGAAGCUGGAGACGGACGUGCGGCGUUUCGAAGACGUGUCCAACGAGUUGUACUCGGUCCACAAACGUAAAGGUCGACAGUCUAACUGGAAUCCCCAGCAUCUGCUCAUCCUUCAAGCGCAGUUCGCCUCCAGCCUUUUUCUGACUUCCGAAGGCAAGUAUCUCCUGUCGGACCUUGGUCCUCAGGAGAGGAUGCACAUCUCAAAAUUCACAGGGCUUUCAAUGACCACCAUCAGCCACUGGCUAGCCAAUGUAAAAUACCAACUUAGAAAGACAGGAGGGACCAAAUUUUUGAAGAACAUGGACACGGGCCAUCCGGUCUUCUACUGCAAUGACUGUGCUUCACAAUUCAGAACGCCCACUGCGUUUAUAUCCCACCUCGAGAACCAUCUCGGGUUUCAGAUCAAAGAUAUGAACAAACUGCCCAUAGAACACCCGACUAAAGUAACAGAACCUGAACUUUCAAAAGCUCUCACCGUGAGGCCGACGGACUCGCAGAUCACAGAAGAGGAAACCGACUCCAAGUUCAAAUGCAAGCUUUGCAGUCGGACAUUUGCCAGCAAUCACGCAGUCAAACUUCACUUGAGUAAAACUCACAGUAAAUCACCGGAGAAUCAUUCGCAGUUUGUCGAAAUGGACAAAGAGUAGAUUUGAUGAUUUUUAAUACCUGUAGUAAUCUUGUUGAUAAAUAACUGUAAUUGCUCUGCUUUUAUAAAACACGGGUCAGAUUGUCUAAUUUGUUUUGUUUUACCCUUUUUUCCAUAAUGUUUAAAGUUUUACAUUAUGUAGUAUGCUUAAAUUUCAACUUCAGAAUCAACAUUUCAUCAUAUUCAAGACUAAAGGGGUGCACUGUGGCUGGGACAGAAUGAAGCGUGCUGUUAGAAAAUAAAUAAUCAUAAAAGAUAAAUACAUGCACCCUGUUCAAAUGCACCACACCAGUAAUGAAAUGUAUUACUGCUUGAGACAUAAAUGCUGAUGUUUGCAUGCAAUAGCUCUGGCUAUGACUACUAUUUAUUUGUAUGAUAUGGCAAGUUUUAACUGUAUUACGUUUAAAAACAAUUUGAUCGAUGCAUUAACUGUAAUUGGCAAAAUGUCUUCGCGUGAACACGCGGGCGCUCGGACAGGUGGCCAGACACGCAUUAAAAACAUUUACUGAAAUGUACAGUAUAUUUGCUCUGUAAAAUGUUUGUGUCGCGACGAUAGAACAGAAAAGCACUUUAAUAAAAGUUUAAUCACACGUUUAGGCACAGGUUCAGUGUGUGGGCUUACAGAUCCCGACAGGUUUGACCCAAGGAUGUCUCACGUUAAUGUAUAUUUAGCAUUGCAGAAAAUAAGGGUCUCAUUGGAAAAUGCGUUGUGGGACAAAGAAACACUGCACCUUUUAUACCAAUACAAAUAAAGCAUUAACAUUUUC